CAGUACUGUCGGGGGCGUACCACGUGACCCGGCUGUCAAACAUGGCCGCCCCUGUUGGCUGUGAGAGCUUCUCACAAAGAAGAACAAUCGUGAUAGUUUAGUAAUUCACCUCCCAGCGCGGCUUCCUCCACCAACGCGCAAGAAUAAUGAGGAACUGACCAAAGUACCGCUCACUGGCAUCAAGACCUCGCCCCGCAGCCACCAUGCAGAUCGAGGCGGUGCUGGUGGAGUCGGCCGUGGUGUCGGCGGUGGUGCUGUGCGUCCACGUGGCGGUGUGGAACCAGCACUCCUGGUGCGCCGUCGCCCUUGCCAUCCAGGCCUUCUACGUCCAGCACAAAUGGGACCGUCUGCUUAAGUCAGGGAGCGCCGUCUUCCAGUUCCGUCCUUCGGCCAACAGCGGCAUCGUCCCCGCCUCCAUGGUGAUGCCGCUGCUGGGUUUGGUGCUGAGGACCAAGUGCUCUGAGGCGGGGAGCGUCCACUUGGAGCGCUUCUCCAUGGUGGUGACGGUCAGCGGCAUGACGCUGGCGCUCUUCCUGUCGCUGAUCGCGCUGGGCGUAACGCGGCCCUUGCCCACCAACACCUGCGUGGUCGCCGGCCUGGCCGCCGGCGCCGUCUUCUACACCACCAAGCAGACGCUGACGGUGUCGGAGGUCAUCGAGGUGCUGGAGGUGCUGCUCAUCUUCGUCUACCUCAGCCUGAUCGUGCUCUACCUGCUGCCUCGCUGCUUCACGCCCGGCGAGGCCCUCCUGGUGGUGGGCGCCAUCAGCUUCGUGGUAAACCAGCUCAUCAAGCGCUCGCUGCUGAGCCUGGCGGAGGCGAAGGGCGACCCCAUCCAGUACCUCCUACCGGUGCUGGUGGUCGGCUCGCUGCUGCUGGGCGUCUUCUUCGCGCUGCUCUUCUGCUUCAUGGAGUCCGAGACCUGGGUGUCCUCGCUGUUCUUCCACACCAUGACGGCCGUGCUGGGCCUGGGCGUCCUCAUGCCGUGGCUCUCGCUCUUCAUCGGACGCCAUCCCAUCAUGUGGCUGUGGGACUUUGUCACGCUCAGCGAGCGCCGGCUCGCCUUGAUAGGCUACUGGGUUUUGCUGUGCGCCCUGGCCACCUGUGUGGUGCUGCACCAGAACUACCAGCGCCAGUCCGGGUCCAAGAAGCACCAGGCCUCCACCGUGGUCCGGAAGUACUUCCAUCUCAUCGUGGUGGCCACUUUUGUUCCGGGGCUUCUGUACGACCGCCAUCUGCUGCACGUGGCGUCCGUGGGCUGCUUGGCCGUCUUCCUCUUCCUGGAGUACGUGCGUUACUUUCGCAUCAAGCCGCUGGGUCAACCACUGCGCCAGCUGCUCACCUUGUUCCUGGACGAGCGCGACUCCGGGCCCCUCAUCCUGACCCACAUCUACCUGCUCCUCGGCAUGGCCCUGCCCGUCUGGCUUUUCCCGGGUGCCUGCGCCCCAAAGGGGAUUCUUUCCGGCGCUGGCGGCCUGGUGCCCUACGCCGGCGUCCUCGCCGUAGGUGUGGGCGACACCGUGGCCUCGGUGUUCGGCAGCACCAUGGGGGAGAUCCGCUGGCCCGGCACCAAGAAGACGAUGGAGGGAACGGCGACGUCCGUGUUCGCCCAAAUCAUCGCCGUGGUCAUUUUUCUUAUCUUUGACGCGAGCAUCAACUUAAACUCCACCUACUUGUGGAUCGUGGGCUCCAUCGCACUGGUGGCCAUGCUGGAGGCGUACACCUCCCAGAUCGACAACCUCCUCCUGCCCCUCUACCUCCUCAUCCUGCUGAUGCUCUGACAGGAACACAAACGGUCUGCUUGGAAUCUUAAAAUACUUCAAACGGCACAAAAAAAAACGUGUUUUAAACGAAGUAUGAAUUAUGCACAUUUAAAUGAGCACGUCACCCAUCAGAACUACAAAAUGGCGUUUGAAGAACACUUUAAGUCCGCUUAACUAAUAUUGUCAUUAUUUAAUAACCUUCCUGAUGGGAACAUAUAAUACUUUUGCCUCAAGUAGUAUUAAGUUAUUGCAUAGAGCAGGGGUUGUUAACCAUUUUGACCUCAGAGCCACCUAAAUAUUAACACUGAAUUAGUAAUUUUACUCUUUUGUUAAUCAUAUUUAAUAAUUAUAUCUAACCUACUUACAGUUUAACAGGAUAAACCUUGUCAAAUUUUAUGAAACCAUGUGUUAAAGAUUAUCAUCAAGACGUAGGUCAGGAUUAUUUACAUGCAAUUCAGCAGUGCCAAAAAAAAUGUUCUGACUAAAUAAUAAAUGGUAAUACAUUUUUUUCUUAAUGGUGCUGUUCGCAACUUUCUCACAGUAACAUCUUUCAAAGCAAAAAAAAUAUAACAAGAACACCACCGGCUAGCUCAUGUUACUAUUAGUGGUUUAACAUGACACAUUUGUUUGAAAUUGUCUACAGUACAGGCCAAAAGUUUGGACACACCUUCUCAUUCUAUUUACAUCUACAUUGUAAAUUGUCACUGAAGGCAUCAAAACUAUGAAUGGAACACAUGUGGAGUUAUGUACUUAACAAAAAAAGGUGAAAUAACUGAAAACAUGUUUUAUAUUCUAGUUUCUUCAUAAUAGCCACCCUUUGCUCUGAUUACUGCUUUGCACACUCUUGGCAUUCUCUCCAUGAGCUUGAAGAGGUAGUCACCUGAAAUGGUUUUCACUUCACAGCAACAUAGUUUUGAUGCCUUCAGUGACAAUAUACAAGGUAAAUAGUUAGAGAUGUCCGAUAAUGGCUUUUUUGCCAAUAUCCGAUAUUCCGAUAUUGUCCAACUCUUAAUUACUGAUUCCGAUAUCAACCGAUACCGAUAUAUACAGUCGUGGAAUUAACACAUUAUUAUGCCUAAUUUUGUUGUGAUGCACCGCUGGAUGCAUUAAACAAUGUAACAAGGUUUUCCAAAAUAAAUCAACUCAAGUUAUGGAAAAAAAAGUGCCAACAUGGCACUGCCAUAUUUAUUAUUGAAGUCACAAAGUGCAUUAUUGUUUUUUAACAUGCAUCAAAACAGCAGCUUGGAAUUUGGGACAUGCUCUCCCUAAGAGAUCAUGAGGAGGUUGAGGUGGGCAGGGUUGGGGGGUGGGGCGGGGUCGAGGUGGUAGCGGGGGUGUAUAUUGUAGCAUCCCGGAAGAGUUAGUGCUGCAAGGGCUUCUGGGUAUUUGUUCUGUUACGGUGCGGAUGUUCUCCCGAAAUGUGUUUUGUCAUUCUUGUUUGGUGUGGGUUCACAGUGUUAAAGUUGUUUAUACGGCUACCUUCAGUGUGACCUGUAUGGCUGUUGACCAAGUUUACUUGCAUUCACUUGUGCGUGUGAAAAGCCGUAGAUAUGUGACGUAAAGGCAGUGCCUUUGAGGUUUAUUGGCACUCUGUACUUCUCCCUACGUCCGUGUACACAGCGGCGUUUUAAAAAGUCAUACAUUUUACUUUAUGUAACCGAUACCAAUAAUUUUGAAACCGAUACCGAUAAUAUCCGAUAUUACAUUUUAAAGCAUUUAUCGGCCGAUAAUAUCAGCAGACCGAUAUUAUCGGACAUCUCUAUAAAUAGUCUUGAAAAUAAAGAAAACCCAUUGAAAUGAGGUGUGUCCAAACUUUUGGCCUGCACUGUAUAUUUUUCACAAUUAAAAAGUUUAUGCCGUAAAACUUUUCACCAGCCCGAAUAAAAUGAUUGCUGUUUACGGCGGUCACUCACCCGGUCUCGCCAACAAGUACGCGCAGGGAGGGCGUGCACACGUACAAAAGCAGUCCAAGAGAAGCAACAAACAAUUUGCAGCCAUGUUGUUAUGAUAUAAUAUACAUUCAAUGACAGCUAACGCUAGCUAUCCAAAUUGCUAUUAUUAGCUAACAACAUCUGCGUGCAUGUGUGACGUACGUAUGUAAUCACGUCAUUACGUGCAAGAAGCCGUAAAGAGGGCGGGAUAUGUGUGUCAAAUACAUUCAAAAUUUGGCGCCCUCUAGGCACAUGUGUAAAUGUUGCAAACAAAUAAACUGUCAAUAAAAAUUAAGUCCAAAUAAAAAUACAGCUUCACCACUUUAGUCAUAAGUUUUGCGCUUACCGGUAACUUCUCUAUGACUUUAGCUCCAGACUUUAUGUUUGAUAUUGUGGCGGAAAAUUGAAUUACAGCUGCGGCCCAUGUGGACCACAGCUAAGAAACGAACACAUUUUGUGGGCCCGAUAGGGGGCGCUGGCAGCCCCACAAUGGUUAAGAAACACUGGCUUUGAGCAGGGGUGUCCAAAUUAUCCAUCCAAUCCAAUCCAAUCCACUUUAUUUAUAUAGCACAUUUAAACAACAAAAUGUUUCCAAAGUGCUGCACAACAAUAUUAAACACAAUUAAAAACAAUAUAAAAUAAAUGUGAUUAAAAACAAUUUCAAAGGGUAAAACCAAUUAAAACAGUAAAUAGAAAGCAAAAAGCAAAAUUUUAAAAACACAGAGGACAACAGAGGACCACACAACUCACGUAGUGUUAAAAGCCAGAGAAUAAAAGUGGGUCUUAAGACGAGACUUAAAACACUCCACUGUGGGAGCAGUUCGAACAUGGAGGGGCAGAGUGUUCCAGACUUAGGGCCGACCACAGAGAAGGCCCUGUCUCCCCUGGUUUUAAGUCUCGUCUUGGACACCACGAGCUGGAGCUGGCUCUCGGACCUCAGAGCGCGCGCAGGAUUGUAAGUUUGGAUGAGGUCCGAGAUAUACUGAGGUGCCAGUCCAUGUGAAGCUUUAAAAACAAACAGCAAGGUUUUAAAAUCAAUUCUAAAAUGAACAGGGAGCCAGUGCAAACUCUCAAGGAUUGGGGUUAUAUGCUGGCGUCUCCUGGCCCCUGUUAAAAGUCGUGCUGCCGCAUUCUGGACUAACUGCAACCGGGAGAGAGCUUUUUGGCUAAUGCCAGCAUAAAGUGCAUUGCAGUAGUCCAGGCGACUUGAAAUAAAAGCAUGCACGACUUGUUCAAAAAGGUUAAAAGAUAAAAACGGUUUUACCUUUGCUAAAAGACGAAGAUGAUAAAAACACGAUUUUAAAACGCCAUUGACUUGUUUGUCAAGUUUAAAAUCGCUGUCUAUAGUGACGCCAAGGCUGGUGACUUUGGGACGCACAUAAUUUUGCAAUGGUCCCAAGUCAGUGAGGGCCGGACCAAACACUAAAAUUUCCGUUUUUCCCUCAUUCAUUAUUAAAAAAUUCUGGGCUAACCAAGCCUUGACGUCGCAUAGACAGUUGAGAAGGAGUGUCUAUGUGACCAUCCAUCCAUUUUCUACCGCUUGUCCCUUUUGGGGUCACGGGGGGUUGCCGGAGCCUAUCUCAGCUGCAUUCGGUCGGAAGGCGAGGUACACCCUGGACAAGUCGCCAUCUCAUUGCAGGGCCAACACAGAUAGAGAGACAACAUUCACACACUAGGGCCAAUUUAGUGUUGCCAAUCAACCUAUCCCCAGGUGCAUGUCUUUGGAGGUGGGAGGAAGCCGGAGUACCCGGAGGGAACCCACGCAGUCACGGGGAGAACAUGCAAAAUCCACACAGAAAGAUCCCGAGCCCGGGAUUGAACUCAGGAGUGUCCAAACUAUGAAUAACACAAAUGUGUUUUUCUAUAGCUUUUUUUUUUUUUU